GAAUUCUUUGCCAUUAUUGAAUGAAAAUUGAUAGCUGAUAAUUAACAGUUGCUGCACCGGACGUAUUGUUACGAUAUAAAUCUGGUGAUUAUGGAGAACUUCAGGUCCUACGAGUUGAAAGAUGCUGAAAUUGAGUUUUUUGAACAGUUGUAUUGUUCCAAGUAUCCAUAUAAAAAAAAUGCAGACAGCGAAGAAGUUGCAAGAGUUAAUAAUGGUAUUGCCGAAGAUCUUGAAAACACUCUCAAAACUCAGCUUGAUAGCAUAUAUACAGACAAAAAAACACAGGAGUUACAGCCAAACAAUACAAAUAUCGUUGAUGAAUCUAAAGUUGAUCGGCUCAUAGAGGAAAAUCUUGAUAAAUUAAAUCUCUUUUUUCAAAACAUUCAAAAAAUAGUUGAUGAAAAAGACUCUGUUUUUUUGAUUUUUAAUGUUUUGAAAUACGAUUUAAUACUGAAUUUCCAAGUUUCAAAGAAACUCUUAUUGAAAAUUGAUUUCAGUCUUUUUUUUGAAGAUAGUGACAAUGAAAAUGAGGAUACUAGUAUUGAUAUAAAUAAUUUUAACCAUAAAUAUAAUAUUGAGAAUUAUUUAGUGAAUUCAAUUUUAAUUUUAAUCAAAAAUCUAUCAUCAAGUCAAUUUACGCCUUUAAAAUUGAAGUUUUUGCAUGCUUUUUUAAAUUAUUCUUUAAACAAUCUCUCGAAUAGUCUAUCUUUUAUCAAUGAUAGGAACCUAUUUCUUUUGAUUACUGAAAAGUUU